ACAGUAUGUAGCUGUUUUAGCAAUUAAAAAGCCCCUGUAGUAGUUGAUCUUCAAAUUUUGUGUGUUACUUCUUGCCCAUGCCGAUGUUGUAGGUGUCAAAGGGAAAUUGAAGGAACGGUUCGUUGUAUUCAGAAAAUUACUGGCGGGCUUGCUUCUCCGUCUCGUUGCGAGAGGAAGAAAAAGAGGGACGGCAGCUCUUCCGCAGAUUGGAGAAGCUCUCAUCUGCCCUCGACCCCUGCUUUGGCAGAUCUCUCUCCCCCCGAUGCCACUGCGCGAGCGACAAAUCUGCAGAUAGUUUUGGCCUCCCGCGACAUACUGCUCAGGCAACUCAUCCGACCUGCUUCUUAAACCCUCUAGCAUACCAGCGGCUACGUUGCUUGUGUUUUUCAGGUGCUCUUGAGAAGGUGUCGUACCUAUGUCAACAUGGGUCAACAUGGUUACAUGGACAGAUGCGUGUUUGGACAUGGGCCCAAUUCUUUGAACAUCCUCAGUUACCGGAAUACGUCUUUUGCCCGUGUCAACAUGGGUCAUGGUUACAUCCAAAAUUUUGUUUCUCGAAACAACUUUGUUGUUCCACGAUUCCUGGCUGUCAAACGUUACCUAGUGGAAUUUCUAUUUUGAGGGAGAGCAGUCGAACUCCCUCCUUUCCUCUUAUUUUUCGCUCUUCUUGGUGAGGCUGAGAGCAACCCAUCAUCCAUGUUUCCUCUACGUGAUGCUCCUUGGAGAGGCUCCAUUUCACGUGAUCCAACUUGUUCGUUUGCCUCAUCCUUCUAAGCCUUGAAGCCCAGCUCAUGGAAUGGUGAAAUCUUAAUCCAUUGAAGAUCCUAGAAAGAAUGUUGCAGAGGUGAAUCUUGGAGAGGACCACACCACUUUUAGAUCGUUCAUGCAAGUGGCAGAAAUCUCAAUAUUAAAAUGCAUGAACAAGAAAGAAGUGGCAGCAUGCGAAAUUGCUGAAAGUCAUGCUAUGGCCUUUAACAGCGGUGGAGGACUUACAUGUACAUCCUUAUGGAUUUUAAAAGCAAGAAAAGGAACAUCACAGGUCAAAUUUCACACAUAACCGAGCAAAUGUGAUAACAAUAACUGAAAGAGGAAGGUGACCUUUACCUGUUGACAUCUGUUUGCAGUGCAUCUUAGUUGGUUGUGAUGCAUUCAUCCCUAGUUGCCACGAGAGGGAGAAGGAGAGAGAGAGUACCUCGCUGAUGGAGGCCUUUAGAUGUGGAGACAGACGUGAGAGGAGAGUGAAAGAGAUGAUGCCUUAACGGGCAAAAGAUGUAUUCCGGUAACUGUGAUGUUCGACGAAUCGGACCCCUGCACGCAUCUGUCCAUGUAACCAUGUUGACAGUUGACACGGGUACGACACCUUCUCAAGUGCACCUGUGUAUCAUAGCUGUCCUCCAUUGAGCAACUCACUUGGUCUGUGUAACAGUUUUUCAUACCGCGAUGAAUUUGAUGGAUACGGUGUGAAUGUCUUAUAAGGAUUUAGGUGUCUGCUUUGGAUCUGGGAGUUUUUAGAGAUUGACUGAUUUUAGAUAUUAUCAUUGUCAAUCGCCUUGUGCAUUUGAAGUUAAGGAUAGCUCUAAAGCCAUGGGAGAUAUUGAUGUGAACAGAAAUGUUGGAAAGAUAGUCUUUGUCACCGUGGGAACAACUUGUUUCGAUGCUUUGGUCAGAGCUGUUAACUCGGAACAAGUUAGGACAAUAUUAUUGAAUAAAGGCUAUACAGAUCUUCUUAUUCAACUUGGACGUGGAUCAUUUAGGCCUUCUAAGUCUGCAGGAGAGAAUGGCUCUUUGGUGGUUGACUAUUUUACCUUUUCUCCUAGUAUUGCAGAUCAUCUGAGGUCAGCAUCCCUUGUGAUCAGUCAUGCAGGAUCAGGAAGCAUAUUUGAGACCUUGCAUUUGGGUAAGCCUCUGAUUGUAGUUGUGAAUGAGGACUUGAUGGAUAAUCAUCAGUGUGAGCUGGCUGAAGAACUAGCAGAGAGAAAACAUCUCCUUUGUGCCAGACCCCAAACAUUGUACCAAACUCUUGUGAACAUGAACCUUGAUUCAAUCAUACCUUACCCACCAGCAGAUGCAACCGCUGUUGCAAAGAUCCUAACUCGAUUUCUUGGUUUUCCUAGUGACUGAUACAACAAUCAGCCUGCUAGAUCUCCUGGUGAAGGUUACUUCAUCCAUCAAGUAGCGCUUGACCUGAAUUAAACACCAAUAAUUUUGGCUCACGAGCCCAUCACUCGAGUAUUUUGUACGCCACAGUUAUAUGGUGUGUCAUUCAUGGUGGAUACGAUUGUCUAACAGAUGACAAAUUUAAAUCCAAUUUGCC